AGACUCUGAUGUCUACACCAUUUACAAUGUUUAUUAAGUUCAACAUUGUUGUCAGUAAUACAGUAACAUCCACAAGAAACACACAUAUUUUCAACAAUCUUUAAAAAUGAAUUCACUCAGAAAAUUAACACAAAACGUAUUUAGGCAAAAUUUAUUUCCUUUUUUUCCAAGAUUUUCAUCAGAAAGUAGCAGCAGUUCAGCACAGGGUGCCAAAGGUCUUGUUGUUGGUGUGUAUGAUCAAGACAAAGGUAAAAACAAGAGUAAAGAAGAGACAUGUAUUGAACUCAGCCCUGGAGCUUACAAAGUGGAUCAGAUUACUGGUGGGAAAGUGAUCAAUGCACUAAAUGGAUUACGAGGUGAUAUUGGUAAACUUGGAAAAGUCACAAUACUGUCAAAUUUAAGUGAAGAAUACCCUGCUAUAGCGGUGUCAGGAAUGGGUCCAAAGAACACAAAAUUCAGUGAUGCUGAGUAUCUUGAUGAAGAGGCAGAAAAUGUAAGGAUUGCCACAGGGGUUGGAGCCAAAGAACUUCAGAAAGUUGGAGUGACAGAGGUUGUUGUGGAAGACUUCAAACGACCGGAAGCUGCAGCUGAAGGGUCUGCUCUGGGACUCUGGUACUACUCUGAUGUACCUACUCAGACAAAACUAUCCAUGUUAAAGGAAGAAGGUGCAGGAGUCACUGAUGAGGCCAAGACAGCUGAGGAUGACUGGAUGAGAGGCUUAACCAAAGCAGAAUCUCAGAAUAUUGUACGCUGCUUAUGUGAAACUCCUUCUAAUUUUGUUACUCCAACACAAUUUGCUCAGAGAGCAAGAGAUCUUUUGUGUCCCUAUGGUGUACAAGUGUUUGCUCGUGAUGUUCGCUGGAUGAAAGAGAACCAUAUGGCAGCUUUGUUAACGAUUGGUAGCAGUUCCAUAGAACCUCCAGUGUUCCUUGAUCUUAAUUACUGCAGUGAUGACCCAAAAGUUAAUCCAUACAUCAUGAUUGGUCAGGGAACAACUUUCAACUGUGGAGGACUUUGCCGGAAGGAGUGUUCUCGUAUGAUGGAUGCAGACUAUGCUAGUGCUGCCACCAUGCUUGGUGUAUUCAAAGCUGUUGCUGCUAUGAGGCUUCCCAUUAACAUUAGAGGUAUAUCUGUACAUUAAUAUGAUGAUAAUAAU